AAGCUGCUGCAGAUGCGGCGGAAGGUGGUGUUGGAGGAGGAGCAGCGGGACAGCGGGAGCGAGCAGCGGGGUGACGAGGAUGACAUCCCCCUGGGACCCCAGUCCAACAUCAGCCUCUUGGACCAGCACCAACACCUCAAAGAGAAGGCAGAAGCUCGGAAGGAGUCAGCCAAGGAGAAGCAGCUGAAGGAGGAGGAGAAGAUCCUGGAGAGCGUGGCAGAGGGCCGAGCUUUGAUGUCGGUGAAGGAGAUGGCAAAGGGCAUCACCUACGAUGAUCCAAUUAAAACCAGCUGGAGAGCACCUCGUUACAUCCUGGGCAUGUCGGAGGCACGGCACGAUCGCGUGCGCAAGAAGUACCACAUCCUGGUGGAGGGGGAAGGCAUCCCGCCCCCCAUCAAGAGCUUCAAGGAGAUGAAGUUCCCAGCAGCUAUCCUGAGGGGUCUGAAGAAAAAAGGAAUCCAACAACCAACACCUAUACAGAUCCAAGGCAUCCCCACCAUCCUUUCGGGAAGGGACAUGAUUGGCAUCGCGUUCACUGGCUCUGGGAAGACCUUGGUGUUCACUCUCCCGGUGAUCAUGUUCUGCCUGGAGCAGGAGAAGAGGCUGCCGUUCUCGAAGCGAGAAGGACCCUACGGCCUCAUCAUCUGUCCCUCACGGGAGCUGGCCCGGCAGACUCAUGGCAUCAUUGAGUACUACUGUCGCCUGCUCCAGGAGGACGGCCUGCCCCCGCUGCGCUGCGCCCUCUGCAUCGGGGGCAUGUCAGUCAAGGAGCAGAUGGAGACAAUCAAGCAUGGUGUGCACAUGAUGGUGGCAACCCCUGGGCGGCUGAUGGACCUGCUGCAGAAGAAGAUGGUGAGCCUGGACAUCUGCCGUUACUUGGCCUUGGAUGAGGCUGACAGGAUGAUCGAUAUGGGCUUUGAGGGGGACAUCCGUACCAUCUUCUCCUACUUUAAGGGCCAGCGGCAAACCCUUCUCUUCAGUGCCACCAUGCCCAAGAAGAUCCAGAACUUUGCCAAGAGUGCUCUGGUCAAGCCCAUCACCAUUAAUGUUGGGAGAGCGGGUGCUGCCAGCCUGGACGUUGUGCAGGAAGUGGAAUACGUGAAAGAGGAGGCCAAGAUGGUGUACCUCCUCGAGUGCCUGCAGAAGACCCCACCACCCGUGCUGAUCUUUGCUGAGAAGAAGGCAGAUGUGGAUGCCAUCCACGAGUACCUGCUGCUGAAGGGUGUGGAAGCUGUGGCCAUCCACGGAGGGAAAGAUCAGGAAGAACGAACAAAAGCCAUCGAGGCCUUCCGGGAUGGGAAGAAGGAUGUCCUGGUUGCCACUGACGUCGCUUCCAAGGGUCUGGACUUCCCAGCCAUCCAGCACGUCAUCAACUACGACAUGCCAGAGGAGAUUGAGAACUACGUUCACCGGAUCGGGCGUACGGGCCGUUCAGGCAACACUGGCAUCGCCACCACCUUCAUCAACAAGGCCUGCGAUGAGUCGGUGCUUAUGGACCUGAAGGCCCUGCUCCUGGAGGCGAAGCAGAAGGUGCCGCCUGUGCUCCAGGUGCUGCACUGUGGAGACGAGACCAUGCUGGACAUCGGAGGUGAGCGGGGCUGCGCCUUCUGCGGCGGCCUGGGCCAUCGCAUCACCGACUGUCCCAAGCUGGAGGCGAUGCAGACCAAGCAAGUCAGCAACAUCGGCCGCAAGGACUACCUGGCCCACAGCUCUAUGGACUUCUAGUCUGGAGAAUGGGCUGCCCAGUGCUCCCCCUGUGCAGGCC